GACGACGACGACGACGACGAUGGCGACGUCGAUGGCGCCGCGCGGGACGGCGCCGAGCUCCAAGUCUCAGGCGCGCUUUGGGCGACGUACGCACAUCGCGACGGCGCCGACGCGCAGAGCGCCGACGCGAACGCGCGUCGGUGCUAUUAAAUCCGACGUCCCACCGCAGCCAUUCACAGUUCGCGAGGGCGAACUCGGUAAAGUGCUGAGCGCGGCUAUUCCUCUGGUGCUGCGCCUAGGGACGGGAGCGCUGAUCGGGGGGUACGAAGUACGUCUUGACGCGGACGACGAUGGGAGCGAGGGCAAGUACGCCAUCGCGCGUUUUGCGAAGCGACGCGUCGCGGAGCGUUCCACGACGUUGCCGACGACGCGGCCGGCCAAACCGAUCACGCUGUACGAGUACGAAGGAAGUCCGUACUGUAAGAAAGUGCGCGAAGCGUGCUCAGUGCUCGAUUUGGACGUUUUGUUCAAGCCGUGUCCGCAAGGCUCGCUCGCGUUUCGAGCGGAGAGCAAAGCGCUCGGCGCGACGACGUAUCCGUUUCUUCUCGAUGAAAACACCGGCGCAAAGAUGUCUGAAAGCGAUGACAUCAUCGAAUAUUUAUUCAACACAUACGGUGGUGAGACGAAGGUUCCAUUUCUGCUCAGGCGCGGGGGGCUGGCGACGAACUCGACUGCGUACGCCGCCGCGUUGGCUCGAAUGAAGGGGCUCUCGGCGCGCCAGGCGAAAAAGAUCCCCGAGCAACCACUCGAGUUGUGGACGUACGAAAUCAGCCCUUUUAGUAAGUUGGUUCGCGAAACGCUGACCGAGUUGUGCGUUCCGCACGUGGUGAAGUACUGCCCGCGGGGCUCCGAAAAACGCCACGAGCUAUACGCGAUGGUCGGGCAUUUUCAAGUUCCUUUCUUGCGCGACGCCAACACUGGGAAGGCCAUGUUUGAAUCGAAGGAUAUUUGCGAGUACAUCGAGAGCGAGUACGGUAGCAGCUAGUCAGAUUGUAAAAGUUACCUAACGAGGAGAAAAAGUUGGGAAAAAUGUGUCGUCGUCGCGACUACGCAGAUUUGGACGCGCCAAUCGUUUGCGCCUUCUUGGACUUUCGAACGAACAUGACGACGUACGCGAGCUUGUACGCGCAUCCGAUGGCGAAAAGGAUCAUGGCGUUUUCAAGAAGUUUAUCUUCGGAGUCGAUGGCGUCGUACGUGUUAUGGAGCGACGCCAAGACUUCUUUGCCGUUGCGGCCGAAGCACAGCGUCGAGCUUCCACACGAGAAACCCGCGGCGGCGCUGGGGUCGGUGACGGCGCCAGUCCACGUGGCGUCGAUGAAAUCCAAAUACACCAAGUUUUUGAUCGCCCACUUCAUGAAGGUGAUGUAGCUCAUGGCGCGGAACGGCCAAAUCACGUCACCUUCUCGAACCAUGAUGCCACAGAAGAGAAAUCCGGCGAACCAGAUGUUCAUGAACGUCAGCAUCCCCAUGAGAGGGUUGUCGAACAUGAUGGAGAACACUUGCGCCGCGGACUCGAACGCCCAGAGCGUCAGCGCGUACAUCAAGAUCACUUGAACGAAAUGCGGACCGUACCAAGCGACCAUGCCGUAUGCGGGGAUCGCCAUCGCGAACAAGGCGAGAACAAUCAUGAUUGGAAUCUGAAUUAUGAGGUUGGAAAGCAAAUACGCGUACGGCGACAACAACCCAUUCUUCACUUCACGUUUGAUCGCGAAGAAUUCUUCGUUGUACACGUACGUUGCGACGACGCCGAGAGACGACGGCACGCCAAGAAACCAGAGGACGAGCCACAUGCGAGCGAAAACUUGCUCUUGCGAUCGGGCGCGAGACUCGAUGUAAAUGACACCGAAGAAGAUGCACGCGAAUAAGAACAUCACCAUACGUCCAACGUACAUGGACG